AUGGACAGCUACCGCAAUAGGCUCUCCUACUACAGCAUUGUGUUGCAAGCAGUUAGUGAUGCCGACAUGAUCUUCACGAACUGCUUUGCUGGAUACCCUGGCUCAGUCCAUGAUGCCAGAGUGUUGAGAAAUUCAACGCUGGCUCUUGAAGUGGCCAAUCACCAGAACGUCCUGUUCCCACUUCAGACGUACAUCAUCGGCGACAGCGCCUAUCCACUACACCAGUGGCUUAUGGUGCCAGUCAAGCAGCAUGGCCCAGGGCCUACACAAACCCAGAUGACCUACAACGACGUUCAUGCCAGUACACGAAAGGUGGUGGAGCGGGCGUUCCCUUUGCUGCGUUGCAGAUGGCGGAAGCUGCAGUUCGUCGAUCUGGAUAUACCGGAAGAUUACCCGAAGUUAAUCAUUGCUUGUUGUGUCCUUCACAAUGUAUGCCGAAUUCAUGAUGCUGAUGAUGUUGACUACUUCCUUGGAGUUGACGCGGUUGCUGUCGGUGCUGCUGAUCCGCAAGAUGAUGGUGUCCAGGGCGACGACGAAGCAGUGUUUUUCAACCCAGCUGCUCCAGCACAACUUCGACGACAACAGCUCAUCCAGUAUCUCUCUACCUGA